AUGGGAAAACUCAUUAAGAACCACUGGGCCCGUCUCAUCAUCCUCACCGCCGCUACCUACCAAGUAGUAGCCGGCCUCCACGGUUUCUUCUGGCCGAAAAUCUUCUGGGACUUCCUAACCAAGAACCUCGACCCGGCCGUGAAGCCCAUCCCGAUCCUGCAAAGCAUCAACAUGCUCUUCGGCUUCAUCAUGCUCGCGUGGGAGUGGCCACUGGGCUUGAUCGCGGGCAGUGCCAUGCACCGGAGUAUCGAGGCGCGGUUGGUGGUGCUGCCUCUUGCGGCGUUGGCGGGCGCGUUGCUGUAUCAGGGGACGAAUGCUGCGAUUUAUUAUACGAUUGGGAUGGCGGUUUAUUUUUGGGCUUAUAGUGAGGGGGAGGUCGUGGUUGCAAAGCCAUGGUCGUUGCCUCAAAGGACUCGUCCGGGCAAGGUCUAG